UUCUUCAUCAUCGUUGAACAAUCCAAAUCCUAAACCAAAAUCUCCCAUUUAUUCAAAUCAAUUUUUUCUCUCUUUCUGAAACCUCUUAUUAUCAAUGGCGUUCAAAAAAACUCUAGCUCAGCGUCUUUCCAAUGUAUACAAAACCACCGGUUUUUCCAUUUCUGCUUGUCGCAUAUCUUCAUCAUCCAUGUCAGCCAGAAAGCUGGUCCCUCCUCAUCCUGACGACAAAAUCGCUCCAGAUCCCGGAGAUAAUGGAAUUUUCCGGCGAUUCAUCCAGCGGCGACUCAUUAACACAUACCCGGCGACUUCGCCGGAGCUCCGUUCACUACCUAUCGGUGAAAGUCUCAUCGAGAAAAUCCGUGAAAUGGAUGUCAACAGAAGCAGGAUCAAACUCGAUGGCUUCCUGCCGCCGCUAGAGAUGCGGCCGGAACCGGAGCCGGAGAUAACGACGGAGGGGAAAUUGACGGUGGCUGAUGCGAAGAAGCUGUUAAAAAUAUCACAAUUGGAAAUGGUGAAAUUGAGGCUAAAGCAAACUGAAAAGAAUUGUAUUUCGUACCCGGAAUUUGUUCAGAUCUGCUCUGGAAUUAGUUCGAACAAUGAUUUAGGCAUAGAAUUCGCGAAGAUUCUAGAUGAUUCUGGAACUGUGCUUGUUCUGGGAAACGUUGUGUUCCUCAGGCCUGAUCAGGUAGUGAAAACUCUACAAAGCCUAUUGCCAAUCCCCGCGACGACGAACCAAAACGACCCACAAAUGAUGAAGGAGUUCAACCAAAUGGAAGAGGAAAAAACAGCAAUUGACAGAAAAGCAGAGUCAUUGGUGCGUAGAGAAUUAUGGUGUGGGCUAGGCUACUUUGUCAUUCAAACAGCAGCAUUCAUGAGAUUGACAUUUUGGGAACUCUCAUGGGAUGUCAUGGAACCAAUUUGCUUCUAUGUUACAUCAUUUUACUGCAUGGCUGGUUAUACUUUCUUCCUAAGGACGGCGAAAGAGCCUUCUUUCGAAGGAUUUUUCCAGAGCCGGUUUGUUGCUAAGCAAAAACAACUCAUGAAGCUUCGGAAUUUUGAUCUUCAGAGGUAUAACAAGCUCAAAAGAGCUUGUUAUCCUCAAUCGUCGAUGGCGCAUUCUGAAAAAACCUUAACGUUUAAAUGAACAUUUUGUUAGGUAGAAGAAUUUAUUUUAGGAAUAGUUAAGAAGGGAGUGCAAACGAGACAUCAAUUAGUCUCUCUGUUUUUUUCUUCCCUUUUUUUGGUUUAAUUUUUAACUUUCAAUGUAACGGUCAAUGUAUAUGCAAAUGAAGAGGAAUUUCCAAAUAUAAAAAUGUGUUUUACCCAAAGUA